GCGGUUCUGCAUUUGACAUGAGAUAGCCAACACAGAAGUUUUGUACGCGAGUCAGUAAGGAGAAUAUGUAUCUUGAAAUUUGAAUAUAAUGUUUUUUCGAUAAAUUUCAACAAUUGUUGCAAGUAUAAAGUCGUUGAAUGAGUAGCGAGUUAUGCUUCCAUAAUAUCACAAGUGAAAUAAAUGCUCUAACCAGCCAAUCAAUUCAGCAUUUAAGCUCCAAUCUUCCGAAAACAUGUUCCUGUUACUGCUAGUGUCGACUAUUUGUCUCCUAUUCAACUGUGCCGUAUCGGCGAUACCGAAGCCCGAAGAGAAACGUGUGCUAGAUCAUGAGGUCAUCAAUCGGGUGCAACACUUUCAAAAUGAUGAACACAACAAACAGUACGAUCACGAGGCAUUUCUCGGAGAAGAUGCGAAAACGUUCGAUCAGCUAGAACCGGAAGAGAGUCGACGAAGACUGGGAAUUAUAGUGGAUAAGAUUGACACUGAUAAAGAUAGUUUUGUUAAUUUAGCAGAACUAAAAGCUUGGAUCCAGUAUACACAACGACGGUACAUUGAUGAUGAUGUUAAUCGCCAGUGGAAACAGCACAAUGUGAACGGUAGUGACCAAAUCCACUGGGAUACUUACCGCAAGAAUGUGUACGGAUUUCUCGACGAAAUGGAUCCCAAGGAUCUUGAACAAGGCGAUGAACAUUUUUCGUACAAAUCCAUGCUAACUAGAGAUCGCAGACGGUGGAGCGUAGCCGAUCGAGAUGGAGACGAUUCCUUAACUAGAGAGGAGUUUACUGACUUCUUGCAUCCUGAAGAAAGUCCUUACAUGAGGGACAUUGUUGUCCAAGAAACAAUUGAGGAUAUCGAUAAGGAUCACGAUGGAAAGGUAUCCGUGGAAGAAUAUAUUGGAGAUAUGUAUCGUGGAUCGGAAGACAACGAAGAUGAACCAGAAUGGGUAAAGCACGAGCGUGAAACGUUCAACAACUUCCGUGACAAAGAUAAGGACGGCUUCAUGAAUAAUCAGGAAGUCAAGGAUUGGAUCAUACCUGCCGAUUUCGAUCACGCAGAAGCAGAGGCGCGCCAUUUGAUCUAUGAAGCCGACUCCGAUGCUGACGAAAAGCUUACCAAAGAGGAAAUCAUUGAAAAAUACGAUCUUUUUGUUGGAUCGCAAGCAACCGAUUUUGGAGAGGCUUUGACACGCCAUGAUGAAUUCUAAACAACUAACAAUAGGUUAAUCUUUUGUUGCCGAAUACAAACCGGAUUCAGAAACUUAAGUGACAUACAAUAUUUUGGGUAUACCUUUUAGUUAAUGUAAAUACUCGGACUUCCAUUUGCGGAAGUCUGUUAAUCUCGAACAAAGUAACCCAUUUCUAAGAUAUUGUUUGUAAGUGUGUUAGCGAAAAGAGGUAGCCGAAUUGGUUUCAAUCUCAUGAUGUUUAUAGAUAUUAUAAUUUCACAGCUUAGUAUUGCAUGGAAUAAAUGGUAACUAAUUUUAUAAUCUACUGUUUUGAACUAUUAUCGAUCGGGUUAUCUAAGAAAAGCUUGAGCUUGAUUGGCCGCCCUUGGUUGCUACUCCAGUAUCGCCAGAUCAGCUGCACUUACACAAGGAACCAACCAGAUGACUGCUUGGCACUAACAGACACCCUCAGUGUAUAAGUACUGGUGAUCUUCAAUUUUUAGGCAACAAUGGCGCCUGCCACGUCAGAAUGCAGAUCAAUGAGGGGGAAGGGAAGGAAUUGAUGAUGCAUUAAACUGGCUCCCACAGUAGACUGUAUAUACCACUGCGUCUACGCCAUUUCAUGCGGGAAAGAUGUAGAGGGCCGGUAAUUUUUAUGGCAGAGAGGCUUGCUGUUUGGUUUGGUUUCGAAUUUAGUACUAUACCAUUCAAAUCCACUGCAGCUUAUAUUCUUUGACAGAUACGCGUAUUUCGACCUCAUCUGAAAGGUCGUCUUAAGUGUCGUGUACUAGAGGUCGAGUCUAGUACAAGACACUUAAGGCUAAAUAGCCCGUCAUUCGUUUUGGCAACAAUGAUGAUUUUUCAGCUUGCCAUUUCAAAGAGAUAAAACUCAGUGUUAGCUGCCCCUAUUGGACAGCACGCGCCCUUUAGAAAAUCUGCGAUGCCAAUCAACUGGAGCCUGCGACGAUGACGUAUGGAAGUGACAGCUACCGCUGUCACUGAUCGUGAGUAGCAAAAAUUGAAGGAGGACUGAUAUUUUGAUAUUGACUAGCUA